CCGCCUGCCUUCUCGACUGCGCCGCCGCCCAUGGCUCCGUCCCGCUGCGCUAACACCACCUGCUGCCCGCGCGCACAUGGAUUAGCUGACCGUUAGCUCCGCCGCCGCGGGCCUCACUCUCUUCGCCGAGGUCAUGGAGGAGGCUGCCGCCGCGGCAAUCGGGAUCGGCGCCGCGCUACCCCUGCCGCCGAUCAGGACGGCGGGAGGAGGGGAUGGGGGUGCGGCCGACGCGUCCGCGGCCGGGAGCCCGUGCUCCGUCGCCAGCGACUGCAGCAGCGUCGCCACCGCAGACUUCGAGGGGUUCGCCGAGCUGGGCUCCGCGCUGUUGCUCGAAGACCUCACUGCCGCAACGGCGGCGUCGUUCCCCGUUGCCGAGGCCGCUGAGCCGAGGGUCGCGGGGGCGGCUGCCAGGAGCGUCUUCGCCCUGGACUGCGUGCCGCUCUGGGGGCUCGAGUCCAUACGCGGCCGCCGCCCCGAGAUGGAGGACGCCGCCAUCGUGGUGCCGCGCUUCUUCGACGUCCCGCUCUGGAUGGUUGCCGGCGAUGCGCCAAUCGACGGCCUCGACCGGGCAUCGUUCCGCCUCCCCGCACACUUCUUCGGCGUCUACGACGGCCACGGUGGUGUUCAGGUUGCCAAUUACUGCCGGGAGAGAAUGCAUUCGGUACUGGUAGAGGAGCUGGGUAGAGCAGAGGAGGCCGUGCGUGCUACUGACUUAAGCACCCUGGAGUCCAAGAAGCAGUGGGAGAAGGCCUUUGUGGACUGCUUCAGUCGUGUUGAUGCAGAAGUGGGAGGGAAUGCGACGACCGCAGCCCAGCCUGUGGCUCCAGAUACUGUGGGGUCAACAGCGGUGGCCGCAGUUGUUUGCUCGUCACAUGUCAUUGUUGCCAACUGCGGGGAUUCACGUGCGGUGCUCUGCCGGGGCAAGCAGCCCUUGCCGCUAUCAGUGGACCAUAAACCAAAUAGGGAAGAUGAGUAUGCGAGGAUAGAGGCGCAGGGUGGCAAGGUCAUCCAGUGGAAUGGCUAUCGUGUUCUUGGUGUUCUUGCCAUGUCACGGUCAAUUGGGGACAGAUACCUGAAGCCAUAUAUAAUCCCAGUCCCUGAGGUCACAAUUGUCGCCCGCGCAAAAGAUGAUGAGUGCCUUAUUCUUGCAAGUGAUGGCCUCUGGGAUGUAAUGUCAAAUGAAGAGGUAUGUGAUGCUGCUCGCAAGCGGAUACUACUGUGGCACAAGAAGAAUGCAGAUGCCUCAUCGUCAGCCCAAAGAAGCGGUGAUUCACCGGAUCACGCAGCUGAAGCAGCCGCUGAAUAUUUGUCGAAGCUGGCUCUCCAGAAAGGGAGCAAGGACAACAUUACCGUCAUUGUAAUUGACCUCAAGUCACAAAGGAAGUUCAAGAGCAAAACUUAACCAUGGCUUCAGAAAGACAUGGACAAUAACAAUAAUUACUAGGAAACUAGAAAUGUGGAAAAUCCAGACAUAAAAUGUUUAGUCUGCUGCGCAGGUACAUUCGUUAGCCCAGCAUUUCUUUUCUUUUUUUUCCCCUCACCAUUCGUGCUGCCAAAGGAUGUGCUCAUCUACAGAGUACAGAGUACAGAAUCUUGUUUAGGGGUUGGGCCGACCGGGUAAUUCUUGGGUCUGAAUCUAAAACACAAAAUCUGUAGAGAUAGCUAUUUCAGAUUGGGUAUCUGGCAUUAUUUUUAUUAACCGUGAAGGUACGUUUGGAAA